AUGACGCUUAAAUGCCAUUUGUUCUCUCUCUCAUCAGAAAAUUCCCCCGUUCUCUCCCUCUUCCUCCUCUCAUCCUCAGCCAUCUCUGCUCCCUCCUUCACCUCGUCAUCAAGGGCGGAGGAUAUUCCUCUCUUUGGGCUGAGGAAGAAGCUAAAGAAGGUGGAGGAGGAGGCGGAGGCGAUCGUGAAGGAGGGCGAGGAGGUUGUCGAGAAGGAGAUUCAGGUGGCGGAGAAGGGGAUCGAGGUGGUGGAGGAGAAGAUCGCCACCGGUGAGCUAGGGUUUGGUGCUGGGGGGGUUGUGCAGGCCGGAGUGGUGGCAGGAGCGGAGGCGGUCGGGGUUUUGGUCGGAGUUUCGGUUGUUAAUGGGAUUCUUGGUCCUGAGGGAAAGAACCCCUGA